GGAAGGGGCGGGAAGAGGGCGGAAAGUGAAAGGCGUAGAGCGCCUCUUUUCCGUUUGAGUCUGUUCUUGACUGCUCUGGGCAGCCGUUGUAUUGUGGGAUCGCGGCGCAGUGCCUGAGACGCUGGGAUCCGCGGGGAGCCCGCUCGUUAGCGCCUCCUGUCGUCCGUAAGGCUGCCCUGCCGUUCCUCGGCACCCCAAUUCCCCCCACCACCCCCAUCGCCUCCUCCUCCAUCCUCCAGUUCAAAAUGGCGACGGCGGCGGCAGCAGCGGCGGCGGCGAUGGCUCCUCCGGGCUGCCCGGGUUCGUGCCCCAACUUCGCCGUAGUCUGCUCCUUUUUGGAGCGCUACGGGCCGCUGCUUGACCUCCCUGAGUUGCCGUUCCCCGAGCUGGAGCGUGUGCUGCAGGCGCCGCCGCCGGACAUCGGCAGCGGAGAAGUACCGAAAGAGUUGGUGGAGCUCCAUUUGAAGUUGAUGAGAAAGAUUGGCAAAUCAGUUACAGCAGACAGAUGGGAAAAAUAUUUGAUCAAGAUAUGCCAAGAAUUUAAUAGCACGUGGGCAUGGGAGAUGGAGAAGAAGGGCUAUCUUGAAAUGAGUGUUGAAUGCAAACUAGCACUCUUAAAGUACCUCUGUGAGUGUCAGUUUGAUGACAAUCUCAAAUUCAAGAAUAUUAUCAAUGAGGAGGAUGCUGAUACCAUGCGUCUCCAGCCAAUUGGCCGAGACAAAGACGGUCUCAUGUACUGGUACCAGUUGGAUCAAGAUCACAAUGUCAGAAUGUACAUAGAAGAACAAGAUGAUCAAGAUGGCUCUUCAUGGAAAUGCAUUGUCAGGAAUCGAAACGAAUUGGCUGAGACUCUUGCACUCCUGAAAGCACAAAUUGAUCCUGUACUAUUGAAAAACUCUAACCAACAGGACAACUCUUCCCGGGAAAGUCCCAGCUUAGAGGAUGAGGAGACUAAGAAGGAGGAAGAAACACCUAAACAAGAGGAACAGAAGGAAAAUGACAAGACGAAAAGUGAAGAGCAACCGAUAGGUUCAGAAAAUCAUUCUACACGCAGUGCUGUAGAAGAGACUAUGAAAAUAGAAAAAGAAGAUGAAAAGGAACUUGUGAAACUGCCAGUCAUAGUGAAGCUAGAAAGACCUUUGCCAGAAAGUGAGGAAAAAAAGAUUGUCAAAGAAGAAAGUGAUUCCUUCAAGGAAAAUGUCAAACCUUUUAAGGUCGAAGUGAAGGAAUGUAGAGCAGAUCCUAAAGAUACCAAAGGUAGCAUGGAGAAGCUGGAGCCUGAGAAGAUAGAGUUUGGCAGCAAUGUUAAACCUCCUCAAGAAAUUACUGAGAAGUCUACUGAAGAAACUGAGAAACUUAAAAAUGACCAGCAGGCCAAGAUACCACUAAAAAAACGAGAAAUUAAGCUGAGUGAUGAUUUUGACAGUCCGGUCAAAGGUCCUUUGUGUAAAUCAGUUACUCCAACAAAAGAGUUUUUGAAAGAUGAAAUAAAACAAGAGGAAGAGACUUGUAAAAGGAUCUCUACAUUCACUACUUUAGGACCUGAAGGGAAACAGCUGGUAAAUGGAGAAGUUAGUGAUGAGAAGGUGACUCCAAAUUUUAAGACAGAACAAAUGGAGACAAAGUUUUAUGACACAAAGGAAGACAGCUGUAGCCCCUCUAAGGACAGAAGUGUCAUCAUGGAGGGAAAUGGAGCAGAGUCCUUAAAUACGGUCAUAACAAGUGUGAAAAUAGGUGAUCUUGAGAAAGAAGUGGUCCCUAUAGGGAAAGAUGCAGAUAGUUCAAUAUCAGUCUUAGAGACUCUGGGUCAUAAAGGGCAGGUAGAAGGAACUUGUCCUCCAGAAAUGGAAAGUUCUCUUGAGACUUCUGAGGUAGCAAAGGGUCUCUCUUUAAAAACUGCUUUGUCUACCACUGAAUAUUGUUCCAUGAAAGUUGAAGAUAAAUCUCCCAAAAGUAAGAAGGAUAAGCGCCCACCAGCUCUAGAUUGUCUUGAAAAGUUAGAAAAGUCCAAAAAGACUUUUCUUGAUAAGGACACACAAAGAUUGAGUCCAAUACCAGAGGAGGUUCCAAAGAGUACUCUUGAAUCAGUAAAGUCAGGCUCUCCUGGGGCAGCUGAAACUUCUCCAUGGUCUAACAUGACUACCCACUGUGAGAAGUUAACCUCAGAAAAAGAAGUGCUAGCAUGUCAGAGCACAUAUCCCAUUGAAGGUCAGUCCCUGGAAAAAACAGACCCAGAAAUUCUAAAAGAGGAUUCUGAAUGUGUAAAGGUAGAAGUGGAUAAUCUGGACAAUACCCAGACCUCUGGCACAGAGGAUCCUUCCGGGACAAAGGGUUCUAUGCAAAAAAGCAAGUAUAAAUAUAAAUUGAUUCCUGAAGAAGAAACCACAGCCUCACAAAAUGCAGAGAUUACUUCUGAAAGGCAGAAAGAGGGCAUCAAAUUAACAAUUAGAAUAUCCAGUCGGAAGAAGAAGCCAGAUUCUCCUCCAAAAAGUCUAGAAACAGAAACCAAGCAAGAGAAGACAGAAAAGGAAGAAGAGAAAACCAAUGUAGGUCGUACUUUAAGGAGAUCUCCAAGAAUAUCUAGGCCCACAGCAAAAGUGGCUGAGAUCAGAGAUCAGAAAGCUGAUAAGAAAAGAGGAGAAGGAGAAGAUGAAGUGGAAGAUGAGUCAGCAGCUUUACAAAAAGCAGACAAAAAAGAACAUUUGAAAAAAACAGAGAAGGAUACAAAUUUGAAAGUAAGCAAGGUAAAACCCAAAGGCAAAGUUCGGUGGACUGGUUCUCGAACGCGUGGCAGGUGGAAAUACUCCAGCAAUGAUGAAAGUGAAGGGUCUGACAGUGAAAAGUCAUCUGCAGCUUCAGAAGAGGAGGAAGAAAAAGAAAGUGAAGAAGCCGUCUUAGCAGAUGAUGAUGAACCGUGUAAAAAAUGUGGCCUUCCAAAUCAUCCUGAACUGAUUCUUCUGUGUGACUCCUGUGACAGUGGAUACCACACUGCCUGUCUCCGACCCCCUCUGAUGAUCAUCCCAGACGGAGAGUGGUUCUGCCCCCCUUGCCAACACAAACUACUAUGUGAGAAAUUAGAGGAACAAUUACAAGAUUUGGAUGUUGCCUUAAAGAAGAAGGAGCGGGCUGAACGCAGGAAAGAACGUUUGGUGUAUGUGGGUAUCAGUAUUGAAAACAUCAUUCCUCCACAAGAGCCAGAUUUUUCUGAAGAUCAUGAAGAAAAGAAAAAAGAUUCCAAAAAAUCCAAAGCUAAUUUGCUUGAAAGGAGGUCAACAAGAACACGGAAGUGCAUAAGUUAUAGAUUUGACGAGUUUGAUGAAGCAAUUGAUGAGGCUAUAGAAGAUGACAUCAAAGAGGCUGAUGGGGGAGGAGCUGGACGAGGAAAAGAUAUCUCCACCAUCACAGGUCACCGUGGGAAAGAUAUCUCUACUAUACUGGAUGAAGAAAGAAAAGAAAAUAAACGACCUCAGAGGGCAGCUGCUGCUCGCCGGAAGAAACGCCGGCGACUAAACGAUCUAGACAGUGACAGCAACCUGGAUGAGGAAGAGAGUGAGGAUGAAUUCAAGAUCAGUGAUGGAUCCCAAGAUGAGUUUGUUGUAUCUGAUGAAAACCCAGAUGAAAGUGAAGAAGACCCACCAUCUAAUGAUGACAGUGACACUGAUUUCUGUAGCCGAAGACUGAGGCGCCAUUCCUCCCGACCAAUGAGGCAAAGCAGGCGUUUGCGGAGAAAGACCCCAAAGAAAAAGUACUCCGAUGAUGAUGAAGAGGAGGAGUCUGAGGAGAAUAGUAGAGACUCUGAAAGUGAUUUUAGCGAUGAUUUUAGUGAUGAUUUUGUAGAAACUCGGCGAAGGCGGUCAAGAAGGAACCAGAAGAGACAAAUUAACUACAAAGAAGAUUCAGAAAGUGAUGGUUCCCAGAAGAGUUUACGGCGUGGCAAAGAAAUCAGACGGGUCCACAAGCGCAGGCUUUCCAGCUCAGAGAGCGAAGAGAGCUAUAUGUCCAAGAACUCUGAAGAUGAUGAGCUAGCUAAAGAAUCAAAGCGAUCAGUUCGAAAGCGGGGUCGAAGCACUGAUGAGUAUUCAGAAGCAGAUGAGGAGGAAGAGGAAGGCAGACCAUCCCGAAAAAGGCUACACCGGAUUGAGACGGACGAGGAGAGUUGUGACAAUGCUCAUGGAGAUGCAGAUCAGCCUGUCUGUGACAGCCAAGCCAGGGUCCUGCCUUCAGAGCAGGAGAGCACCAAGAAGCCCUAUCGGAUAGACAGUGAUGAGGAGGAGGAUUUUGAAAAUGUAGGCAAGGUGGGGAGCCCAUUGGACUAUAGCUUAGUGGACUUACCUUCCACUAAUGGACAGAGUCCUGGCAAAGCCAUAGAGAACUUGAUUGGCAAGCCAGCUGAGAAGCCUCAGACCCCCAAGGACAACGGCACAGCCAGUGCAAGCCUGGCCCCCAAUGGGACAAGUGGUGGGCAGGAGGCAGGGGCACCUGAAGAGGAGGAAGAUGAGCUUUUGAGAGUGACUGAUCUUGUUGAUUAUGUCUGUAACAGUGAACAAUUAUAAGACUUUUUUUCCAUUUUUGUGCUAAUUUAUUCCACGGUAGCUCUCACACCAGCGGGCCAGUUAUUAAAAGCUGUUUUAUUUUUCCUAGAAAACUCCACUACAGAAUGACUUUUUAGAAGAAUUUCAACAAAUCCUGAAGUCUUUCUGUGAAGUGACCAGUUUGGAACUUUGAGGAUAAAUAAUUGCUGUAAAUUCUUUUUGAUUUUCUUUUUCCAAGUUCAUGGUCCUUGGCAAUUUCAUUCAUGGAAAAAAAAUCUUAUUAUGAUAACAACAAGAUUUGUAUAUUUUUGACUUUAUAUUUCCUGAGCUCUCCUGACUUUGUGAAAAAGGGUGGAUAAGAAUGCAUUCCAAAUCUGUGAGGGCCCAAAUCAGAAUGGGCGGGGGGGAGGGAAGCACUUGUGCUUUAGCUUUUUCAUAUUAAAUAUAUAUUAUAUUUAAACAUUCAUGGCAUAGGUGAUGAUUAACAGACUGUUUAAAAGUUCAAGUCUGUGUUGUUGCAGUUUGAGAAUUGUAGAUAAUGUCAUACAUAAGUCAUUUAGUAACAGCAUUCAUAAAAUCAACUUGUUUACUAUUGGAGGUAACCACACAAUAAAGAAGAAACAGAAAGUACCAUCAUAAAAACUCUAACCUAAGUUUCUGUUAUAAUGAAGUUUCUUGUUUGUUUGUUUUAAAAAAUCAUCUGAAAAGCAUUUGUACAGUAAAAUGUAUAAUGAAGCUUUGACAACCAGACUGUGCUAGCAGCAAAAUUUAUAAAACAGCUUUAUGUAGUGGUGAUGAGGUGGCCUCUAAUACACUGUCAGUGGAGAAUUACAGUGGAGCGUGGUCUUAGGCCCAGGUGGACUGUAAAUUUUACAGAUAGUGUAACAGUUGUCUCCUGGCCACUUAAUAUUUUAAUAUUUUGAAAGAAAUACAUCUAUACAUAACAUACAUAAAGAGAUGCUAAGCUGAUAGUGGAAUUUUAGCACAUGUGAAGAAGGGGAAAGGAUUUUCAGGUGAAUUUUAAGUGGUCUGUUCUUGCCCUUAGUAUCUACUUCAAAUUGAAGUCUACAAACGAAGCAGUUCCUUUCGGAGGUUUGUAGUUUUAAGUUUUAGUGUGUGUUUGUGUGUGUGUGUGUGUGUGUGUGUAUGUAUGUGUGUGUGUUGGAAUUUCCUAUCUGCCUGGAUAUAUUAGCAGGGUUUGAAUGUAGUUUUGGCCGCCUUUGGCCAUUAGGCUUCUAUAAAAAUUCAUUAAUAGUCACAUGACCAACAUUGAGUUGAUUGAGAAUCACCAGUAUACUUAAUAGGCAUGAUACCCAUUUCAAACAUCUCAACACUUUAAAGAAAGAUAAGCCCUCUUUGUUUCAAGUAAAAGGGGUUUGUAACUAACUAAAUAUCUAACAUGUAAUUGACACUAAAAUAUGAACUUCCUCUUCUUUAGUUUCUGUUAGAGCUGUAAAAUUUCAGGCAGAGCCAUAACAUUGUAUGAAGUGUAGCACUUGUGAUUAAACCUUGCCUGUCAAAUUCUGAAACCUUCAGCCAUUAUGUCUGUGAAUACUUUGGCCCUAGGAUUUGGGUUUUUCUGUUCCAUUGUUGUGUCUGUUGCCGGCAACAGACACACCUUAUCUGCUGCUGGCCCAAGGAACUUCAUUGAUUUUUCUUUCCAAAUUAAGCAUUUUAUGUGCUAGUCAGUGUAUAGUAAAGCACUUAUCUUUUUUAUUAUUAAAAAGCUGACAUUAGACUUGCAUUAUAAAUACCUCUCUAAAAACUUUAUACUCCUUUUCCUUCUUCAACAGGUGUUACCCUAACAUCUUACCUUUUGGCUUUGAAAGUUUUAUGGCUUUUGUUCUUCAGUUGGUUCUUUGUUUUGUUUUGUUUUGUUUCACUUUAGUUCUGUAGAACCUGCCCGUUAAUAUUUUUGCUUUGAUUCUAGCAAUGUAUAUGUAUCUGUAUAAAAAAUAAAAUAAUGAAAGCAGCCUAAAAAUAGGGUGCACCAAAUAGCAUGUUGUUCCAAGUAAGUUGUGAUUUUUGUUUUGAGACCAUGUUCCACUGGAAGGGAGGGAAGGGCUUACAUUGACAGACAGUAGCACAGGGCUGAGUACCAAGCCUCCUUUCUAUCUAGGUUUGUCUUGUUUCUUUGAAAGUCAAGUAAGAGUGUCUAUAGCCUUUUAAACUAAGCAAGCAAUAGGAUUCCUGCUAGUGCAAGGCAAGUAGUUAGAAUGUGCAGGUGGCCUAUCCUGCCCCCAUUCUCCCUCUGCCAUUUUAGUUCUGCACCUGGGUAAAGCCACUACCAUGUAGAAACUCCCAUGUACCCUGUCUCUACCUCUGGACACAUCAGCUCCUGCUCCCACCUGUUCUGCUCUAAGCAAGUGAUAAGAAGUAUUAAGUGAGUCAUUUAUUUUACAGGAUGCCUAAUGUGAAAUAACUUCUUUUUGCCCAUCUGCUAUAGAGAACAAAAGAUAAUUUUAUCAUAGUAAAGACUGAGUAUUCCAUCUAACAAAUGUCCUGCCGAAAUGGGUUAUGGUAGUACUGUUGCUUCCUGUUAUUUACCAAACUUGAAUCAAGUGAACUUGUGAACUUGAUAGUGAAUAUGUCCUUUACAUUCUGAUUAAACCAAUUAACUGUGCUUCAUCUACAAAGAGUACAAUCCAAGCAGCUCAUACUUAAAAAUCAUUAUGCAGAUAGAUUAAUUCUGGGUAAUUAAAUGUUGAGCAGUUGAAAAAUUCUGCUUGGCGUUUAGAUUGUCUCUCAAAUAGUCUAUGUUCUCUGAAAUAUUAACUGUGAACAUGCUUUGAAGAAGUUAAGCACAGAAAAUUUAGUAAAAAGUCAAUGUUCUGUAUCCAAAGACAUAAUUCAGUCAUUAGGAACUGGACACAGUAUAAAGCAGCAAUUCAUCUAGAGCUUAGAACACCUUGGACCCGUGUCAUUAGAGUACUAAUCAUGGAUUUAGGGUUACAAUAGCUGCUGUACUAUACAGCCUUUAAUACUUUAAACCCCUGUUUUUGAAAUACAAGUUGGGCUCCCAGUAUCAGACUCCAGUCAAUAGCAGCUUAAGGGGAGAUAUAGUUUAAUAUAAUAUUCAGAAUAUUUAGUUUGCAAUUUCUCUAAAGGUUGAAACUAGCCAAAUUUUCAUAAAGCAGAAGCUUUGAAUUAAAAUAUGUGAGAACUCAGACUGAAAAUGUGUAUUUUGAUUUCGUAGACUUAAGCUGAUGAAAUAGUGUUUAGUGUUAAACAAUUUCCACUGUUGGCACAUUAGUAGAAAAUGAUCAUGGAAAUAUUUUCAGGAAUUUACCUGAUACCUUGAGGUUGGGUUUCCUUGACACAUGUUUUUCCAGGUGGUCAAGGUUGCAGAUUCGGAAAAUAAAGAGUUUCAUUUAGAAUAAAUUAAUGUUUUUACUGAUAAUCUUUUUUUUUUAAUGUGCCCUGCCAAAGAACCAAGGACUUCAAAUGUUCAAGAAGUAGUUGGAAAAAAGAAUUUUAACAAAUUAAUGUAAAAAGGAUAUUACGAACUCCAGUUUUCACUUUUCAGUUGAUAGAACCCAUCCCAUAGUAUGAAUUUGAGCAAAGUACAUGUAUUAAGAAAAAUAGACAUUUACUUGAUAUUUAGAGUUAAAAUGAUGAGAAAAUGUUAACUACUUUUAAGUGGAAUUGAUGUAAUUUUCUUUGUCACAGGAAUGCCUUUUUAGCUUGUUUGUGGGGAUAAAAGAUGUUAACCAUUUGCUAGUUUUUACCAUACAACUGAAUGGAAUUUAAUGAAUCUACAAAUUUAAUAUUAAGAAAAAGUUGUGAACUCUGCACUUCGCCAACACAGUGGAUCAGGUCCAUGGCUCAUGGCGUUUGCCUCACAGCUAUAGAGCAAGUAUUCAAAGACCCAGACCUUAUUUUUAAAUGAACAUAUAUAUGUAUGUGUAUAUAUACAUAAAUUUAUAUGUAUAUACAUACUUUAGAUGUUAGAAUAAAAAUUAUUUGAAAUCAAUUGACAUUAUAAAAAGAAACAAUUGUAACUGAUGUGAAAUUAAGAACACCAUUUAAUUAGAGAAAGUCUAGAGAAAAAUAGUGAAGUUCUUCUUGUUGGUUUGAUAUUCUGAAAAUAUAUUCUUGGUUCUCCAAGAAGUGAGAAUGCCAAGACUGCAUUUCUGCUGUGAUCUACCUAGUCUUCUGCUUAGUAUCUGUUAAUAAGCUUUCUUAGAAUACAAUCCAUUCCUAUUUUACCCACCAUUCCAGUGUGUACCUGUAAACCUACCCUUGGAAGUGGCAAGCUAACUGCUGAUUUUCUUCAUUUGUUUUUUUACAACAAUCGUGAAAAACAAGGCGUUCUGCUAUCAGUGUAUUUAAACUGGGUUGUUGUGUCAUGUACACUUAAUUUGUUUUCAAAAUAAUUCACACCACCUUAAAUUAUUUAACAUUUUUUGAGUGCCAAGAAAUGCUAAGUAACUAACAUUGAAGAUAAAAUUAUUCCCCAGCAAGCAAGCAGUCAUUGUAAGCCAAAAUGUGUGGUUGUUAUUUAAACACUUUAGAUUAUACAUUCAACAUUUUUUUUUUCAUGUGAACCCUCUCAGAAAUUGAUUAGAAAGGGAUUCUUUUAGUGGUUUUUUUCCCUCAUUUUGGUCAUGUAAACUCAGUACUUUAUCUUACUUGUACCAUUUUCUCUGGGAAAUACUGCAAACCCAGUUCUGGCACAUAGUAGUGAUUUCAGUUAAUAAAGUUACUUUAAUAAAGUUAAGAUAUAACCUAUGCAUAAGUUAAAUGAGAGGGUGUAACAAAUUAUUAGACAAGUAGAAAUUUAUUAAUAAACUCCUUAGACAUUUUAAAUGAGAAACAUUUUUACAGGAACUACAUUUGUGUUUUUUGCCAAACCGGUUCAAGCUAGAAAAUGCACUAAGGACUGAGUGACCUGCCUUGUUCGUUUUGCCACUGGAUGAUGUAAGUUAAGGAUGGAAUUGUUAACCCUAACUAUAUAUUUUCUUGACUUUCAUCAGUUUCUAAAGAAAUCUAAUUUAAGUGUUUGGAGUUUUGUUUAACCUGUAUUUAUUGAGUUCUGGUCAUAGACCAGGAGCUGCAUGUCACGCUUAUAGACAGCUAGAACACAGUCAAUGGCUCAAGACCUUCUGAAUCGUUUAACUUAUUUUGUAUGUUGCAAAAAAAGUUUAUUUUGCUUGAGAGUCACAUUUUUUAUAACUGUACAGCUUUUAAGGGAUGGGAGGUGGAAAAGUACCCUGAAAUAGGAUGUAGAUUUUUACAAUUGUGUUGAUGCUAGAACAUCUACAGGUGCAUUAUGUAAUUAAACCUAAAAUUGUUAAAAAAUU